AAGCUCAAUUUCAGCUACCAGGGUCCUUCAAUUUUCUGGGCUGCUCGUUCUUCUCAGAAUAGCUCAACUCUGUGCUUAAAGUUUGAUUCUUUACAAACUUGGAUUUUGAAUGGCUGAGGAAUAAGUGACAUUGACGCCGUCGCAGAGAAGCAGUAACGCCUCUGAUCGCCGUCGCUGGUGUUAUUAUUAGCCCAGGUGAUACUUUCAUCCUGGCUCCGCCACCGGACAGGUAAAAGAUCAUGGUGGGAUUCAAGAAUAGGUAUAUGACAUUGGAGGUUAUCUUGGAUCCAAAUAAAGAACUUGCAAAGAAAGAUCCUGUUAUCAUUACCACAUAUAAUGUAACAAAAGCAGUCAAAGAUAGCAUUCUAGUGAACUUUGGGGAGUGUGGUCUGGCUUCUUCACUUGGAUCGUUCCAAGUCAAGUAUGUCAAUGAGAUUACAAGGGUUUGUAUCGUAAGAGCCUCAAGGGAGGACCAUCAAAAGGUAUGGUCAGCAAUUACCAUGGUCAGGAGUAUUGCAGAUUGCCCGGUGAUUUUUAAUUUGUUGGACUUAAGCGGAAGUAUCAGAGCUUGUAGAACAGCUGCCUUGAAAUGUGAUGAAUUAAAAUUUGAGCAGUACAAGCUUGUUGUUGGAUCUAAUCUUUCAGCUCAAGAUACUCAAAAGAUGCAGUUCUAUCUUGACAAAAUCAAAGGCUUGGAGCACUGAAAGUUUUACAGGAUAUGUGAUGACAUACUGAAUUUAGAUGGCAAGUGUACUCUAGCCUUUGCCUUUCUGUUCCGUGGGCUAAUUUUGCAGCUGGUAUAAGUAAACUGGUUGUUUGACAAAGCUUAAUCCAUUCACUUGUUAUCGUAGGAUAACAAUGUGCU